GAUAAGGGAAAAUGGACGAGGCUGUUUCUGUUGAAAUGGCCGCCGACAGCGAGGGUGAGGAAAGGCUCUCCAGAGAACUCAUCAGGAAUAUUUCAAUGAAAAGGGAAGGCAAAUCUACGUUUGUAACUUUUAACGACUUCUUCACGAAAGAUCCCCUAGAUAACUCCAUACCUAUCUGCACGCUCCGAGAAUCGGUUAGCUCAGAACUUGCCCCGGACUCGCCUGUUAAUGAGCAAAGCGCUCUGGAAGAUUUAAGAUCAGACGACACAGAAAGAGUAACAUCAAACGACACAGAACAGGAAGAGAGUGAUGAAGAUAGCGUAGGUACACAGAUUGGCGAAUUAGAUGGUUCAAAACCUAGUCCUGCUUCUUGUAUUUCUGCGGAAGCAGAAAAUUCAGAACAAAAAGAUGCUGCUGCACAAUGCAAAGAUACAGGAAUUGCUACAGAACACGGAUCAGUUUCUCCAACGAUAAAGACGCCAAUCCUAAACCAUGCCGGUUUGACAGGGAAAGAGGUACCAGUAAACACCCCCGUAACAGAGACUUGUGAGGAUAUAUACUUUAAAGAAGGUACGGAUGUUGAAAGUGGACUUGAAAGCGUAGAUGUGCUUCAAACAGCAGAUAACGGACAUGUAUGGGCAAAUUUCAAAAAAGAAAUAUGUCAAGUUGACCCCACAGGAAAAGUUAUUUUUAGGCAGGCCUUUGAAGUUCUUGUCGAUGAUUUCGCUGUACUUGGUUCCAAUUCCGUAUUUCUUGUAGAGUCUCAAAGUAAGACCAUUCGAUUCCUGAAGAUCGAAACUGGAGAACCGGUGAUAACAAUUUUUGACAACGUAUCCCCAGAUACCCCUAAGAAUGUAUGUAUCAACACAAAAACCAGAGAAAUUGUAGUAAGCAUUUUAAUUAACAGAGGGUUCCUCUUUUUUAAACGUGUUCGAACCUCUAUCAGGAAAUAUUCUUAUAAUGGCAAAUGCAUCGAAGAAAACAUUCCUAAAAACAAAGGAACAGUUAUAUUUGAUAGUUCGCUAGACAUGAUUUGUAAUGGAAACGGCGACAUAUGUAUUGCAGCCGUGAAGGGCUUGUCUCACUUCAUUGCUGUAUUUGACCAAUCAGUCAACUUCCGAUUUGCUUACGAUGGCGGAGAAGGAAGACAAAACUCUUUCCGUCCCACUUCCGUUUGUAUAGAUUGUGAUAAUAAUAUCUUAUCCCUGGACUCAAAUAGUAACGCUAUUCACAUCAUUGACCUGAAUGGAACUUUUUUGAGGUUGAUGAGUCCUUUUGGUGACAAUUCAACGAGUCCUAAUUUAAAAACUUUGUGUAUUUUCAAAGGCAACACGUUACUGAUUGGGCAGGACACGGGGAAAAUUCGUGUGGUUAAAUUCACUACUCGCUCGGAGACAACAAAACUUUGAAAGACAUAAUUGCAGUAAUUGUUCGAGUUCUAGCCAACAUUAGUUAUUAGCAACAAUACUGGCAAACCGAUGGGCAGGGAAAGAAAUCUUCUGAUAAAGAUCAAAAUGUUAGAAUGUGCGCCGUAUUGUCAAAGGUUUUUAGCGUUAAACAAUCAUUUUAAAAUUCAAAAACAGGAAAUUAUUGUAUGCAUUUUUGUUUUAAUUUCCUUACAUAGUAAACACUUUUUAACUUCGAUUCUUGUCUGCAUA